CUUCUCGUUCGCUGAGUUCGACACAUAUACAUCAUGCCUAUGGAACCUUCAAAGUGGAUUGACGUGACCGUCGAGAAAAACCAUUACUCGCUUGACCAUUUUGUCAUUCCUACCCAUUAUGAGAAGGACGUUUCUAGUAUUCUCAUUCCCCAUGGUGUGAUCAUGGACAGAGUAGAUAAGCUUGCUCGUAUGAUUGUCGAUGAAGCCACUGGUCCUUUGGUCGUGUGUUGUAUCUUGAAGGGUGGUCACCAGUACUUUGCCGACCUUGUAAACAGCAUCAAGAAGCUUACCACCAAGGCUGGAACAAGUGUUCCAUUGAGCCUUGAGUUUAUCCGUGUUAAAUCUUACAGAAACGAUCAGUCUGAGGGUGUGACCAUCUCUCUCACCGAGAACGAGUGCCGUGAUUUCGAGGGAAAGAACCUUUUGAUUGUUGAAGAUAUCAUUGAUACCGGUGCUACCAUGGUAAAGUUGCUUGAGAGACUUAGCCAGUACCAGCCCAAGUCUGUAAAGGUUACAAGUCUUUUGGUAAAGAAGACCCCUAAGAGCAAUGGUUAUAUUCCCGAUUACGUUGGCUUUGCUAUCCCUGAUGAGUUCGUUGUUGGUUACGCUCUUGACUACAAUGAGUAUUUCCGUGAUCUUGACCAUAUCUGUGUCAUUAGUGAACAUGGCAAGAAAGCAUAUGCUGUGUAAAUAAUCGAAUAGUAGAAUUAUGAAUAAACGAUUAUAUAUAUAUGUGUAUAUAUACAAUCUU